CCAAGUUUCUCUGACAUUAAGCCAGACAGAUAGUGUUCCACUCGAAGAGGGCAGCACACACCAAGAAGGUGCGAAGCACCCUCUAGAUCGGUCAUAUUCCUCUAGGAGUAAAAACUCUAGUCGACAGGAAUAUCUCAGGAUGCUAAAAUACCAGAGGAGUUUCGAGCAAAACUCUAAAGGUGAGUUCAACCAUUGAACUACAGCCAUUGCGGCUAGAGGGUUAAUACCCAACCCUGGGUAAUAACCAGCCGAAGCCAAAGAAGCAAAUCAGAGUAAUUGAUGAAAAUUCUUCCUUCUUGUUAGACAAGGAUGAUCUCAAGAGAAAGAAUUUCGACUAUGACAGUGUCGAAAAAGAGGAAUAUGAGGUGUUCUCAGAUGAAGGAAGCGUAUUAGUGAAGAAAUCAGUCACUCAAGACGGAGAUUAUGAUGAGAGCGAAGUCGAAGAAGGUCCAAGAUUUAGUAGAUCCAAAGCAAAGGAUAGGUCUUUGAGAUCAUUAUCCAAAAAGGCACCCAGAGACUUAAGCAGGUCAAAAUUUCGAUCAAGCAGGGGUUCAAGUUAUAGUGGAAUUGAUAGUAUUCUUAACAAAAGACUUACUGAGACUAAUACCUAUAUUAGACCUCCUUCAACUCAAAAGAGCUAUAAAUCAUUCAUCUCAAACUUCAGUGUCCAGAAGUCCAACAUGAAUCGCACUCGAAAUGAAGUUUCUCGCUGAAAUAUCCCUAAACCUCAGAAUUAUACCAUGAAGGACGAUAAAUCAAGCAGAAAUUUUAUAGAUUUUUCAGAAAAAUCUGAAGACCCCUUGUUCUUCAAAUCUGAAUGAGAAAUGCUCAAGGAACAGCUCGGUCAACGUAAUGCUACAAUUCUCAAAAUGCAAAUUGAAAUGAAGGAAAUGAAGGAAAGCUUUGUGCAAGAAAAAGACGAAUUAAUUUCAAAAAUCGAAAGCUCCAACAGCUCCAAUUCCCAAAGCUAUGAAGACCUCUAUGCAAAGCUCAAUGCUGUCAUCAAAGAGAAUGAAUCACUCAGCAAGAAGCUAUACUUAAAAGACCUGCAGUACAAGCAAGCUAUGAUCCAGAAAAAUAAUGAGAUAAAGGUCCUCAAUAAGCAAAUAUUUACCUUACAGGACCAAUUUAAAUAUGAAAGAAGCAGUUUUAUUUCAACCAAGGAGAAGUAUAAGUCCUCCACUCUUGAGCUUCAGGAGAAACACAAGAGCGUAAUUGACAUUCUGAAUAAGAAAAUUAAAAAAUUAGAACAUGACAAGAGAGACAAGAAAGACCCGCAAAGUCGCCAAAUUUUGUGGGAACUUGAAUCCUUUAACAACACAGAGAAUUUGAAUUACCGCAACUUUCGUUCCAAGCCGCUUGAUUACCCAAUGGAAACCAGGAAGUCCCACAAAUUGCUGGAGAACCUUGACAUUUUCCCAGAAAAACCUUAAUUUUUAAAUCUUGAACGGGG